AUGAACUCGCUGGUCAUAAACGGUCCACCUCCGUCGACAGUGCCAGUUUCAACGGACAUGCUAGCAAAGAUGUCAUUACGUUCUCAUACGUUCGGAUUGCCGAUUGUUCCAUGUGAAUCUGGAUACCUGCCAGUUUUGGGCAUGCGAUUAUCGAUUGUGAUUUUGCUGACAACAUACAUCAUAACAUCUGAAGCCUGCUUUUUUGGAGGAGGGCUCGGUGGACUCGGUAAUCUCGGCGGACUAGGCGGUGGUCUUGGCAUUGGAGCCGGUACUGGAUGUUGUUGUUGUUGCCAACCCUGCUCACCUCCUGCACCAAGCUGUCCACCAUUGACGCCCAUAUGCGCAGGUGCUACGAGUGGUCUCUUCAAUGCUCCUGUUUGUACUGGCGGUGGGACAUCAGCGAUAUCAGCACUGAAUCCUCCUGCUCCUCUGACUCCUUUAUUUGCUCCUCCUCCUCCUGGUGGAACUGCAUCAGGACUUACUCCGCUAUUUGCUCCACCUCCUCCUGGUGGAGGUAACGGAGGCAUUGCAGGGCUGACUCCUCUAUUUGCUCCUCCUCCUCCCGGUAACGGUGCAUCCGCCUCCGGUUCUUGCCCUUCUGGUGCAGCGUCAGGUGCUGCUUCAGGUGCUGCUCCAGGUGCUGCUGGACCUCAGUUUGCUCCACCACCUCCUGGCGAAUCUGCAUCAACUUCUGAGUCCGAAGCAGCUCCUGAAUUUGCUCCACCACCGCCAUCAGAAGCGCCUUCUUUGCCGCCAAUUUAUUUGAUUGUACCUCAAAUUGUUAUGAGUGCCGGUUAUGCUCCUAGUGGUGUCGUUGUUGGUGGUGGUGACGGUGGUGGCGGCGGGAAUGGCACUAACGGUAAUGGCGGUGAGACUAGUAGUAACGGUAACGGCAAGGGCGGUAGCAGUAACGGCAAUGGCGGAGGUGGUGGAGGUGAAGCUGGUAGCAGCAGUGCCAGUGAAAGUGGCGGCGGCGGCGGUAGCGGCAGUUAUGGUGUACCAUCAACUGCCAAUAGUGGAGGUAGUGGUAAUGGUGGUGGUGGUGGUGGUAAUGGCGGAAGCUCCAGUGGAGGUGGAAGUUAUGGAGCUCCAGCAGCACCAUCAAUUGGUAUUGGCGGAGGCAGUAGCGGAGGCGAAGGUUACGGAGCCCCGCCACCACCACGAUUGCCACCAUCCCCACCACCCCCAGGGUUUGGUGGCAAUUCUGGUGUUGGAAGCUUUGCGGACAAUGGCGGAGGCGGAGGUGAAAGUGGAGGUGGAGGAGGAGGAGAAGGCUUUGUACACAGAUGGACGAGUUCAUGA